CCCACGUGAGAUCAAAGCCUCGCCCAGUUUGCGUGUCCUUUUUAGAUUACCGCAAGUUGCCGUAACUCGUCUUCUUCAAGGGGGGUAAACGCCCAUUAAUACCCGAGUCAUGUUGCUCGCAUUCCUUCUGCUUCCAUGUUUUUUCCGCUGUGGUUCCUCUAGUACACAGUAUGAACUGUGCUAUGGUGGAAUCUUUCGCUUUCCCUUCGACUAUUCACCACCUGGAUUCACUGGGAAGCUUUACUUCACUCCAAAGAAUGGUGAAGGCAGGAGGCUCGUGUUUGAAAAUGGCAAGGCAGUUGACCCACGUUUAAAGGUUACCUUUGCCAGUCUUUCUUUGGAACAUGUGACAGAAAAAGAUAACGGCUAUUUCUCAGUUCCAUUUGGUAGCAUGUUUUUAAAUCGCAUCUCACUGAAAGUUUCAGAAUGUGCUGAUGAGGUGCAGAGGUAUUACCAUGGUUGGUAUCGUGUCGAUAUUCCCAGUCUUGCAGAAAUCCUGGAAUUCUUUAAAAUUGACAAUUCGGACGCAGUAAUCCUGUGGAAUCGCAGCGACACUCAGACCAGUGCCGCAUCCAGGGGCCGCGUGAAGGAAAAUGCCUGGGACAUGUCAGAGCUCACACAGGAUGACAACGGCUACUACAAUUUUCGGAAGAAAGACUACACUUUGUUGUGGAGGAAAAAGCUCACAGUAACAGAGCACACAAAUGAGUAUCAACCCAAGGAGGAAUCACUCCUCUUCAUGCGAUACCCUCUGAAAUUUACUCCGUGGGACAUGACCUUCAUACCGAGCGGGGACGAUUCGGAUUCCAUAAAAGUGAUUCGUUCUGGACGUCUAUCCAGAAAGGAUGAAAACUUUUUUAAGCAGCGAAUUUCCUUGGAGAGUGACGGCAUAGAAAUUACUCCUGUUAAGGUAGAAGAUUCUGGCACUUAUAAGUUCCGAGACAAAGAUGGACACUUGGUGUUUAUGACCAACGUGGCGGUCGAAGAGGUACAUGCCCCUGCGUAUGUUUAUGUAAUCGUUUUUGUCGCCAUUGUUGCUGUGGUGGCUCUCUGCUGUUGCUGCAUCAGAAGAUGCUGUUGUAAAAAGACUGCUUCCAAAACAAACCCUCCUCAAAGGACUCGGGAAGCAGCGCCAGGACCUGUGCAGCUCGUGCAUUACCAUGACUCAAAUCAACCCACAGGACCAAGUUGCUCUGCAGCGCCACCUGCUGUAACUUACUCGUAUCAGCCUGUGAAUCCUGUCGUCCCACGGGAACCUUCCCCUGCACCCGCCUCCGCCUCCUUCGGGCCACCUGCGUACAACAGAGUGGAUAUCCAUCCGGAUCCGACCCCGACGCAGUUUGAGGCUGCUGUUUCCACUGGGCACGAGGUCGCUCCCCCUCCGUCCCUGGUAUUUGACUGCCCCCCCUCCGACCCCGGCCCGAGGUUUGAGCUCAAAGGGCUGCGCUUUCCCUCCGACCCGCCACUCUCCUCAGAACCCACUUUCGCCAGUGUUUACACCUCCGAUAAGCUCAACUUGUAAGGGGCGUGCAACCACUGGUAGCCAGUUACACUAGAGGUGCCAAUGCCACAAAAACAUCAGCUACUCCAUUGCAAUUGUCAGGUGUAACUUGUACAGUAUGUGGCUUUCUUUCAAUAGGCAAUCAUCAGUAUCCAUUCGUUUUGUGAUGCGUUUGUUGGCAUCUACAUUUUGUGUUUAAUGGAAACUUAUAGAGUGGUGGGGGAAAAAAUGGCGUAGCAUGGGUGGCCAAAUGUGCAAGAGUUUAGAAGAAAAAUAGGUGGGGGCAUUUGACUCAAUUCGAUUAAUCGACAAUGGUUAAAAUGAUCAAUUAUUGCUAUUUUUUUAAUUUUUACAGGGAUCUGAACUGCCCUGAAUACAGUACUUGGGUAGAGUGGAUGUAGCUCAACUAAGGUCUGAUUUCAUAAUGUUGUUCUUCUGUAGAGCGUAAACUAGUUGAGACUUAAUCAACAGCGCCUCUGCUGGUUGAAGCCAAGUAUCUCAAUAACUUCAGAAUAUGAUUAAACACCUUUGCCCCACAAUCGAUUCUAACAAUUAAUUAACUGAUUAUUAUGUCCCUCUAAAGUAGUUGAGGUCACAAAUGAAAAAUAUUGUAUUACAGCCUAGCACCAUCCCUCGCUUUUUUGUCCUUUAUGGUCUGUGAAGCUGGGCCCGCUGUAAUUUUUUUUCUCCUUCUCUGGCUGACGUUUAGAUUAUAUAUGUAUGCAAAUAGCCAGAGUGAAGCACGAUGCCACAAACAAAUGUAAUGACUUGUUGCGUACAAAAUUUGUAUUCUUUUGCUGAACACUAGCAAGCGUUACGGUAGCCCCUAGAUGGACAAAAAGGAACCAAAGGCAUGCCGGGCUGGCAAACCCAGGUUGCGCUACAGCAGGGGUGUCAAACUAAUUUUUGUCACGGGCCACAUCGUAGUUAUGACUUCCCUCAGAGGGCCGCUACAACUGUGAACCCAUAUAAAUGAAAGAUUACCUCAUAUACUGUAAUUACAUACAGUAUACACAACACAUUGAUGAAUAACCAGUUUUGAAAUCAGAAGCCUAUAAAAACAUGUUUUUAGACUAUUACAUUUAUUUUCAAAGUGGGAUUGGUAACAAAAAAAUGCUUGCACAUAUUACACCAGAACCCAAUGAGCACUUUUGAUUUGCUUUCGUGGGCCACAUAAAAUGGCGUGGAGGGCCGGAUCUGGCCCCCAGGCCACCAGUUUGACACCUGUGCGCUACGAGUUACUGGCAACCCAGGAGCUCAAAACUAGUCUUUCAUCUCAUAGCUGCAGUGCAGGUACAUACUGUAGACAGAAUUGGUCAGAUUGUUUUCCAUGGUCAUACAGUGUUUACAAGGCCAUUUGUUGAUUGGCAUGAGUCACAGGCCUCAAUCAUAACUGCCAAUGAGACUGCUCUGUAUUAAAUGUAAAAGAGAAAGGGACAGAAACAUCCAUCCUGUUCAUUUUCAACAAACAAGCAUUCACACCUAUGGACAAUUUAGUUCCCGCUUAACCUAAUGUGCAUGUUUUUGGAAACCCCAUGCAAGCACUGGGAGAACAUGUAAAUUCCACACAGGAAGACCAGAACCAAGAUUUGAACCCAGAACCUCUCAACUGUUAGCAGCGUUGAGGAGUAACUAAUUACAUAUAAUGAAAUGAUGUCAUUUAAUUGUAAUCUAUUGCAUUACUGGGGGAAAAAGGUGUAAUUCAAUUACAGUUGAGAACUCCUAAAAAAGCUGACACUUGUGAUUGGCUCUCUCUGCUUAUGUGCCAUGCUGCCAUAGUCUCAAACGUCAUAUUUUUCUAAAUAUGACCUUGAAGCACCACCUUAUCGUGCUGCUGCUUUGUGUACGACAGUCGUGAAAAGUGUCUAUCGUGACUUUGAAAUGAGCUAUAUGAUAUAACGUAUAAUCACGUUGCCGUAAGUGUUGCUCAUGUUCGAAUGUAUAAUGUACGUGUUCAUUUUAACUUUAAUGAUGCCUCAGGUCACAUUUUGGAAAGGGGCUCGCCCUCAAAUUGACCUCAGCACUUUGGGAACACUGCACUUAAUACAAAACAUUUUUGUGUGUGCCUUUAGCAUACAUAAGUAUGCCUGUGCAAUCUUUGUUUUCACUGUUGAAAAUUAUGCAAGUUUUUUUCGUUUGCUUUAUACAAUAAAAUGUAUGCUGUUAUUGAUAUUUUUCACACGUAUAUCAGCUUUGGAAACCUUUAAAAAAAACUGUGUGUUUUAAUCUGUCAUAGUGGAACAAAUGUAAAGUGUGUACUUUAUGUAACUGUUUUAAGUGCAUGUAGCAACGGAAGUCAGCUAAAUCCUCAGAUACAUAGGACCACUGUUCUUCAAUCAAAUCACCAAUACUUGUGCCUAGAUUUACAACAAACUAGUGAACUUAUUUUAUAUUCAGUUGCAUAUAUAAUCACUAAGAACUAUAGAGCCUUUUAAAAGCCAUUAUCUUCCGUUGGCAAGCUGAAAAUUGCAAAUUGAAAGGCUUGUGUGGACCGGAAACACCCUACCCUAAGUUGAGAGUGAACAUACUACCUCAUGUUUACAAACAGUUCCCAGUUCUUAAUUGUUUUUCAUUUUUUAAAUCAGAACCAAAAUUCAGAACUUGCUGCAUCAUCGUUAACAAAUAUUGUAUACGCACAUCUACGUUACACGUGCAGUUGUCUCGUUGAAUUCAGCUUUUUGCUCUUCUGUCAUGUUUGAUGCAGUUGUCUGUAAAUACGCACAACAUUGCUGUUUAGCUUGUGCACUUUUUUUUUUUUUUUUUUUGCCUUAGGUUGUUUUAUGAAAACAUUUCAUGGCGCGAUGUGUAUUUAACAAGGCGUGGAUUAAAGCUACUAUCUCUCUCCUG